GGCGAACUGACGCCAUUUUUGUGUUGUGCGACGCCGGGCUGAUAAAUUUAGUUAAAUCGGUUGUAAUCAGUCAUUAUCGUGUGACAAUUCGAUAGAUUAAUUAAUUAUCGGAAUUAAGUGAGUUGUGAAUGAGCUUUAACGGUUUGGAAGAUUAUUUUUGGCGAUUAUUAAUCAGGAUUCUCGCGGUUGCGUCAUCCAUACCUAUUGCCAAUGAGUGUUUUUAGUAAUUGUUGUUAAAUACUUGAAAGGAUGAUGACAACUUCGGUAUUGAGGAGUUUGUGCAGGCUACAGGCGCCGCCGAGACUGUGUCUGCACCAGACUCGACAGUACAGUAUCUCAAGGAUACUGAGACAGGAGGCUAAAGAGCCACCAACAACGAGGACUCUUCCCAAGCAAAAACUUGGCUUCCUGCGGAAAACCCCAAUUACGUGGACGAGCUUGUUCGUUGGGGCUGGCUUGGGCUGUGGGUUUCUGCUUUAUCUGUACUACUUGAAGGAGCAAAAGGAUUUGUCGCUCGAGAGAGAGCGCAGAAGGACAAUUGGGAAGGCCAAGAUUGGGGGACGAUUUGAUUUGGUUGAUCCCAAGGGAAAGCUUGUCAAAUCUGAGGACUUUUUGGGACAAUGGGCUCUGAUUUAUUUUGGAUUUACCCACUGUCCUGAUAUCUGUCCCGAUGAAAUCGAGAAGAUGGUCGUCACGGUUAAUAAAUUAGAACAAAAGAAAUUCAAAGUCCAGCCGAUAUUCAUAUCGGUGGAUCCGACUAGAGACACCCCGGAGGUGGUUGGAAAAUACUGCAGAGAGUUCUCCGAGAAAAUCAUCGGACUCACUGGUGAUUUGGAGCAAGUUGGUGCAGCUUGCAAAGCCUACAGAGUUUACUACAGCAAUGGACCCAAAGAUCAAGACGAUGAUUAUAUUGUUGACCACACAAUCAUCAUGUAUUUGAUCGAUCCUGAUGGAAUGUUCGUUGAUUACUAUGGCCAGACAAAUAGCCCAGACCAAAUUGUUGACAGUGUGUUACUGCAUAACGCUAAAUUGGAGAAAUUGAAAGGUGGAAACACCUGGAUUCCCUCCUUCAUGCCGAAAGCCGCUGAAUCAGCCGCAUAAUUAAUUCAAUUGUUCGAACUGUACAGUUUGUUUUCCAUUUUUACGUACGACACGUAGAGAUUAUUUAAUUGUUUAUAGAGAGGAAUGAAUGUAUUUUCAGUUGCGCGAGACAAAUAAAUUAAUACGUUAUA